UUAUAAUUAUUACCCACAAAGAGAGCCCAACAACUAAGAAAACACAAAGCUUAUGAAACCACAACAGAGUAUAAAUAGACGAAUUAGCCGAAGAAGAAGAUAGCUGAAAUGGUCAUGGAGAGAGUCAAGAUUCUUACUUUAACCUUGUUUGCAGCUUCCCUGCUCUUCCUGCCAAAGAUGAAGGCGCAGCAUCUAUUCCCGCCUGCGCGCCCCCUCUGUGCAUCGCAAUUUGCACUUGCUAACUAUGCUUGCUCGAUGCUACCCUUUACUCCGACACCCCCACCAACACCCCCCUCCCCUCCCCCUUCACCCCCCGAUGAUGAUGAAGGACAGGAAGAGGACCAUGGUCAGGACCAUGGACACGGUCACGGACAUGGACACAAUCACGGACAUAGACAUGUCCAUCACAGGCACAGGCAUCAUGAUCAUCAAGCCAUUCCUGCCGAAGAUAAUUGUUGUAAGUGGUUGAACCAGCUGGACAAUGAAUGUGUGUGUGAGCUGCUGGUUCACCUGCCCAACUUCCUCAUUAGGCCUGCUCAUGCGUACUCCGUGGCUGUCGGAGAAACUUGCACCGUUAGCUACACUUGCGGAACUCCGAUCAGGAUAAAGAUAUGAAGAAUAAAGCAUAUUUACUUGCUCAUCAACGUACGGAAAAUUAAUUUAUUUGCACUGCUUGCUUAUAUUUGGUGUUAUAUGAGGUUUUCGUGGCAUGACUGUAAUACUUAAAAUCUUGUUAAAAUUUGGCGUUGUUUAUUUAACUGCUUAUUAUAUUUCUAAUAA